GAAUUAAAAUAAAAUAGCAAACGCAGGCUUGUCAGUUUUCCGAUUGUUUCAGAGAACAAGGAAAAAGAAAACCUACAAGAAAUCGAUGCUGUGAUUCGCAUGCCAUGGCUAUGGAGAUUUUGGCAUUGCACUGGAAGAACGGCAUGAGAACGAGCAGCAUAAGCUCGAGUUUUAAGACCUAAUUCAAUCAGCGGCGGAGCAACGGCGGUGUAAACAUAUGUUGUCGGCGUUGGUUCGGCCAGGUAGUCUGAACUCCGAAGAACGAUGAUGAGAAUUGAGGUUGAUUGAAGCUUAUUAUUUUUGGCCGGAGAGGAAGGGGAUAGUUGAAAUUAGGUUAGGCUUAUUGAUUCUGGAGAGUCGAGGUCGGCGAACAGAGCAUUUUGGACUCGAGAAGCACCUUUAUUAGAAGCUUCAUCAAGUUUGAGCUCUGAAACGGAAGGUUUGGAUGGUGAUGUUACUAAAGGUUCUGAAAUUAUAGAGAUGAAGCUAUCAAACUUGGAUGAUGAGAUGCACAACCGUGUCACUGGAGAUCCUGAGAAGGACGAGGAUAUUGUGCAGGAAAUAACAGACUCGUAUAUGAGAACAUGUGGGAAAGAACUUCAGAAAAGUGGGUCAAAAAAUCCUAAGAAAAAUAAAGAGGCCUUAAACAUGCAACCGGAUAUUGAGGUUGGUCAGGUCCAAGAUAAUACAUCAAGUACAGGGACUAAUACUAAUGAUAUUACUACACAAGAACUUAGUUGUAAACCACCUCGGAAACCCUCAGUAGACUUAGAAGAUAAAGAUGCAGAUGCAAUUUGUAUGCGUACAAGGGCUCGCUAUUCACUUGCUAAUUUCACACUUGAUGAACUUGAAAAUUUUCUACAAGAAACUGAUGAUGAGGAUGACCUUCAAAAUGUUGAUGAUGAAGAAGAGUACAGAAAAUUUCUUGUUGCAGUGUUGCAGGAUGCAGAUGUUGACAGCAAAAGUCAAGAAAAUGAGACUGUUGAAGAUGAAGAUGAGGACAAUGAUGCUGACUUUGAGAUAGAACUUGAAGAGGCGCUUGAGAGUGAUGUUGAUGAAGUUACAAGAGACUUAACCCAAAAGGAGAAUAACAGAGCUGUAAGACGACCAGAAACUAGACAGAAUAAGCGUUUAAAGGCCUCUGUUCAAAAUAGCAAAAGACAUUUAGGACAGGCCAAGCGGCCAUUGCGACCACUCUUGCCAAUAUUGCCAAAUGAACCUAUAGCUUCUUUUUCCCCUCACGAUGGAAAAACCUUAGCAACUUGGAAUUCUUCUACUUCUCGGUCUUCUGUGAAUCAGGAUAACUUAAUAAAUGGUUUUGCACCAAAUCAAAUUGGUCAAUUAUACUGUUUGAUUCACGAGCAUGUGCAACUUCUUGUUCAAGUAUUUUCAAUAUGUAUAUGUGAUUCUUCACGACAACAUAUUGCCUCCCAGGUACAUGGAUUAAUCUCUGAGAUGCUUCAUAAACGCAAUGAAGUAUUGACAUGGAAAAAGGUUCCAUUUCCUAGCAUUUGCUUUGACCUUCCAUGUGUUUAUUCGCCGAUGCCAGAUGAAGUACCCAAUAGUAGUUUCCAAGUGCAAAGAACAUUAGAAUCAAAUAACUUUUGCAAUGGACAAAUGGUGUGCUCUGCUCAACAAACUUAUCAAAGGGUUGCCUCUCAAACAAGUUACGAUAAAGGGCAUGAUUCUGCUUCUAGUAGACAUAUAGUCGAAGGCUCAAGUUGGGCACCAUUUCUAAGUGGUCCAGUACUAUCUACGCUGGAUGUAGCUCCGCUGAACUUAGCUGGAAGCUAUUUGGAUGAUGUUUACACUGUUAUUCAAGAAUAUCGAAGACGUCGUUUGGAAUCAACAUUAGAUACACCCUUAGAAAGAGAACCACUUUUCCCCCUCCCCAGUCUUCAUGCAUUUCCUGGAGUUAAUUGUGAAGUUACACCUGGAAGCAAUUCCUCAUCUGUCAACACAAUAUCACUUUCUCCCAGUCAACAGCCACCUAAGAAGACAUUGGCAGCUACACUUGUUGAAAGCACCAAGAAGCAGUCUGUUGCCAUGGUUCUAAAGGACAUUGCAAAGUUAGCCCAGCAAUUCUUCCCUUUAUUCAACCCAACAUUAUUUCCUCAUAAGCCACCCCCUGCUGCAGUGGUUAAUCGAGUUCUUUUUACUGAUGCAGAGGAUGAAUUGUUAGCCCUAGGAUUGAUGGAAUAUAAUACAGAUUGGAAGGCUAUUCAACAGCGAUUUCUGCCUUGCAAAUCUAGGCAUCAGAUUUUUGUUAGGCAGAAAAAUCGAUGCUCUUCAAAAGCACCAGAAAAUCCAAUCAAGGCAGUUCGGAAGAUGAAGACAUCACCUUUGACAGUGGAGGAGGUAGCACGCAUUCAGGAGGGGCUUAAAAUUUACAAAUCUGAUUGGAUGUCUGUAUGGAAAUUUGUUGUCCCAUAUAGAGAUCCAUCACUAUUGCCCCGGCAAUGGCGCACUGCCCUUGGAAUUCAGAAGUCUUAUAAACAAGAUCCAGAAAAAAAGGAAAAGCGACGUUUAUAUGAAUCAACAAGAAGAAAACUGAAGGCUGCAAAUCUUUAUUCCGAGUCUGAAAAUACUGGCAGGAUAAAUAACAGUAGAUGUGGGAACGUGGAUAACGAUGGUGCUCCUUUUUUAAAUGCAGCCUUCGUUGCAGAUUGGAGACCAGGUACCUCCAGUGGACUUUCUUGCUCAAAUCCCACUAAUGGUAACCUUCCUUGUGAUAUAAUACCACAAAAGGAUAUCCAAAGCAAAGAACAAUGUAACACAUUCGAAUCUGGAGAUAUACAAACCCAGAAAAAAAAAAAUCAUUGGUUUUCUUCUGGAUCAACAUACUCAGAGCCUCCAGCAUCUAUUUCAACCACAACUGGACAUGCCCCCACUACAAAUGAACAAAAUCUCAGAGUUUCAGAUGUAAAGUCCCCUAUCUACUCUAAGAAUAAUCGGGCUCGUAGAUCUAAUAGUUCACAUUUGGUCAAACUAGCUCCAGACCUUCCACCUGUCAAUCUCCCUCCAUCCGUUCGUGUAGUUCCCCAGUCAUUUUUCAGAGGAUCUCUAUUUGGAGCACCAGAAAAGGCUUUUGUUGCCAAAAGUAAUAAGGAAAUUUCUCAAGUGAUGGAUACAGUUAAUAGCAGGUUGAACAAUAGUAAUUCACCAAACAAUCCAAACAAUCCAAACAAUAUCAUCCCACUGUUGGAAGAUGGUUCUAAAUCAAGUAUGGAAUGCAGAGCUAACAAUGAUAACUCUACUGAAACAGAAAGGGGCACGGAUUCUGAUCUUCAAAUGCAUCCUUUACUUUUCCGGGCCUCGGAUGAUGGAUCUGUGCCUUAUUACCCCUUAAAUUGUAAUUCUAGUACAUCUGACCCUUUCAGUUUCUUCUCAGGAAACCAACCUCAGUUGAAUCUCAGUCUAUUUUAUAAUCCACAGCCAGAGUACCAUGUUGGUUUUGAAAAAUUCAAGUCAAAGAAGUCCACUUCAUCACAUAGUAUUGACUUCCAUCCCCUCCUGCAAAGAACUGAUGAUAUAAAUCAAGCACAGACGGCUGCACCUUCAGAUGCUUUUGUAUCAUGUUCUGGGGGCAGAUCUCCUCAUGCUCACGACAUAUUUGGUGCUGUACAGAACCAAUCUUUGGUUAGUAAUGGACAGCUGACUAAGGCUGCUAAGCCCUCUAAGCGUGGUGAUAAGACUUAUUUGGAUUUAGAGAUGCACCUUAGCUCAACAUCGAACAAAGAUACUGUUCCAAGGAAUAGACUAUUCAGUGCCCAUGAUCAGUUGAAGUCAAUAACUGCUCGAAAGUCAGAAGCAUUAGAGAACCUACAUAACAUUCAUUUGCAUGGAGAAACACGAAGGGCUAAUGAAGCGGGAAAUCUUGUUUCCGAUGCUCAUCCUCUGGUUCUAGCAUCUGUGGACAAUAGCAAUGAUGAUGUGGAUGACCAUUCUCAUCCAGGUAUCAUAAUGGAACAGGAGGAAUUAAGUGACACUGAUGAAGAAGUUGAAGAAAAUGUUGAGUUUGAGUGCGAGGAGAUGGCUGACUCUGAAGGAGAGGAAGAAUCUGACUGUGAACCGAUUACUGAUUUGCAACACGAUUAUUCGAAGUCCAGGCUAAGUGAGUAGCGGAGAAAAUUUUCAUUUCCAUCGUAGAGGAGAACUCAAUAACAGAAACAGUGCCAGUUGGUUUUCCAUUUCUCUCAGAGUUGCUGUAUAUAUUACUGCCGAGCAUUUGUUUGAGAUCUGCUAUACAAUUUUGGAGACAAGAAAGUCAUUUACAAAUCCUGGGUUCAUGUCCAAAUUCCAAGAGGAGGCAAUUAGAUCAUCUUACAGCUUUGAAGAUUUGAAGAAACAAAAUUAUGCUACAGAGUAGCUAAUUAAGUAAGAGGUCCUUGGCACAUUUCCACAACCACCAGUCUUAAUAUGUUGGUCUUUUGACCCUGAUAUGCAUGGGAAGUACACAGUGAAAAGGUUGGUAGCAUAUUAAUUGUUUGAUUUUCUAUAAUUAGCUAGAAAUGAUCCAAACACCUCCUAAAAAUGGUGGCCACUUUUCUGUAAAAUCCAUCAAUUUAUCAGCCAAGCAUGGUAAGACUAGCCCAGCGUUUAUCAACUGCAUUUGGAAGUCCAAAAUUCCUAAGAAAGUUGAAGGUAUUUCUUUGUUUCUCUCUUUAAGGGAAACUUAACGCUUGUGAUAAUAUCCAAAGAAGAAUGCCCAACUAUAUCCACUCUCCAAAUUGGUGUUUAUUGUGUAAAGAGAGCUCCAAGAGUCACGGCCACAUUUAUUUUCCAAUGUCCAGUCGCUAAAGCCUGUUGGGCAAAGCUUUUUCAGUACUUUUGGGUUAAGUUGGUGUUUCCCCGAUCAUAUGAGGACUCCCUUCUCCAGCUCCUUUUUUGCCUUAACUUCAAAAACCAUGCCGGAGGUUUGUGGAUCAAUGCUGUUUCUGCUACCCUUUGGCUUUAUGGUGUCUUUUCAAAAAAAAAAAGAAAAAAAAAAGUUAAAUUAUGAUCCCUUGGCUCUCUGGGCUCUUAGGGGACAUCUCAUCUCCCAUUUUUGUGUAUGGCCUUUUGAUUGAGUACUUCCCAAAAUCUUGGCUGUUGAGUAAGCAUGAUGCUGGUACGAUCUAUACACUUCCCCCUCUAAUUUAGUCCAGAUAGUUUGAACUUGAUAGCGAUUCACUAGGCUAUGAAAAGUAUUUCAUUAAGUUUCCAAACAACUAUGAAAUUGUUUGAUAGCAUUUUAACAUAGCUAUGCAAGCUUUUUUGUAGCAUCUCUAUAAGCUUUGUGGAAAAGCAUGUUACUAACAUGGGAAGUAUGUUUUUAUAUCCUUCUUAUAAAACGAAAAACGUUUUAUGUCCUUUCUUUUACUAACAUGGAAAGCAUGUUACAAUUCUCUGAAAAGAUUUAGGAUUUCUUGAUGCAUCUGCCGUAGCAUUUUGAUUUUUUUUUUCCCAGAAGUUAUCGCAUCUUUCAUCGUAAUAUGCUUCUUUGACAAAUUUUUUUUUUUUUUUUUUCAAAACUAAAAUCGGAAGGUUUUGAUUAUUAAAGUGACUGCUUCCUUUGGUCUCUAACUUCCACUAUCAUCUGUAGGACAUGAAACUUGCUAAUGGAAGAAGAUGAAACAGAUAUCACAGCUAACUUAUAGCCACUCUUAAGCGCAACAUUGCUUAUCUAAAUCAACUGGGAUUCUUUCUUGAAGCUGUCUGGCAAUUCAAGAAUAUUGCAGGUAUCAGUUCAUGGUUACAUUCAAUUCAAAUUCACCAUAUCGUUCCAUGCAUUCAAAUCUCAGUCUCGGUCGUGUAGGACCUUAGAGUACCCCAUUGUAAAAACUCGACCUUCUUAUUGCCUUCGGUCAAUCUUGCAAGAAAAUAAGAACAGGACAGAAGAUUGGAGUUGAUAAGGGUAGCUCAGUAUUUCGAAGUUUAGAAGGUUCAUCUUUGCCUCAUUGCCAUGGCCAAUUUGCUGUCAAAUAUGAACUGAAGUGCGUAAAGAAUUGUACAGUGUCAGGUAACUUUGUUGAUCCAUUUUUGUGGGCUUUUGUAGAGAUGACUAUAGUUAAUUCAUCACUCUAUGAGAUAGGUCAUUAUGAUCAAUCAUUUCUCAAAGAGAAACCCAAUAAAUGACUCUGAAUUUGUUGAUAUUUUGGA